CUUGUAAUCACUCGUGAGCAGUCACCAAAUCAAGCAAAAUGAUCGCCAAAUUUGUCGCUUUCUUCGCUCUCACUAUCGCCGCGACCAACGCUGGAGUGUUGCCGCUCGCUGCCGCACCAGCUGCCCUCGUAGCGCCAGCAGUAGCACCUGCAGCGUACGCCGUGGCUCCCUAUGCCAGCUCCUACUCUGCCCAUGCCGUAAACCACGCAGUGGCUGCCCCUGUCGUCGCUCCCGUUGCCGCUCCUUACGUUGCUGCUCCGGCAGCACAAUACGUUGCUGCUCCAGCAGCACCGUACGUCGCCGCCCCAGCAGCACCUUACUUCGCGGCUCCCGCCCCCUACUUCGCUAGAUACGCUUCCGCUCCCUACUACCUAUAA